AUGGCCGUGAUGGUGGACGUGCUGCCAGGGAUCGUGAUCGUCCUCAAUGCGAUCGUUCUCGGAAUCAGCAGCGACGUCGCAGAGGACCAUGUUGUUUGGCAGGUCUUUAAUGUGUUCUUUCUGGCUUUCUAUACCUUGGAGUUCAUCGUCAAGCUUGCCAUGUUUGGAUGGAGGUGGUACUUUCUCGGGGAGGACUGGGCCUGGAACUACUUCGACCUUUUCUGCGUGGCACUGUCCUGGGUUGAAGAAUCGACAACCUGGAUAGUCCGGGCGAUGAGCAGCGCCAGCGACGAACCGCUGGACUUGAACGCCAUGGUGUUCAUCCGCAUGCUCCGGCUGACCAGACUUGUGCGAUUGGUUCGCACACUGCGCUUCGAGAUCUUCUACGAGCUGAAGAUGAUGGUGCUGGGCGUCGUGAGCGGUAUGCGGGUGCUCUUUUGGGCCAUGGUGCUGCUGAUCGUCAUCAUCUACACGACUGGCGUAGCUGCCAAGAACAUGAUCGGGCAACACGAGCCCGAGUUUAGGGAUGUACCCUCGGCUAUGUUUUCAAUCUUCCGAUGCUUCACCGACGGCUGCGAUGCCUACGACGGCACGCCGUUGACGGUCUACGCAACAACCAUGGCUUUCUCUUCGUCGCACCUCGGAACAGAGUCCAAAGAACAAGCUAGGAUCUCGAUGCCGGGCUAG